AUGGACUCUGUCCAGCAGUCCCUAGACCCCCGGCUUCAGCCCGCGUAUAAGCUGAAGCCUGUGGGGACCGAUCCACUCGAGGGCCCGUACUACUCGCUGGUAGCGUAUGCUGGUCGUGUGUAUGGGAAACUAGCCUACGACCCAGCCGCUGCCUUCGACAAGUCCGACCAUGCUGAACUCAUAUCGCCGUAUCUGAAAGGCCACGCCUACCACAUGUCGCCUGUGCAUGCCAUGGGGAACUCCAACGGCAGCAUCGGGAACAUCAAUCUCAAUGCGCUCUCCAGCCAUGUCCAUGCCUCUGCCAAUAGCAGUAUCAGUGCGAACGGCAAUGGUGUUGGUGCGCCCGCCAAUGUCAAUCUCAAUGGCUCGGACUCGUUGUAUGCCUCGCUGGGGAGUAUUUAUCUGCAUCUUCCUGUUCAGCAGCAUCAGCAGACGCCGCAGUCGCUCUAUGGCUCUGCGGUUGCUGCGCCUGACCUGGCCAACAUGGGUAUCGGUGUGUAUGCGUCUGCCCAUUCACUACGACCGCUGGCUCGGACGGUUCCCUCUGAUAGCUCUUUGUUUGUUGCUUCAGGCAACGGCAUGGAUGCAUACGCACGGGCUGCUGCCGAGCCUUCGGCUAAAUAUUCCCACAACAACUCUAAUAUCUACAACUCUUUGCAGUCUGUUCCGCCCCACGCCGGCGGCGACGCACAGCUGUCUCUAUACUCACAGGCUCGUCCGCAAAACCUGGCCAUUGGCGGCUCCUCAUACCUGGCCUCGUAUCCCAUCCCUUCGCAGGAUCCCAAGGACUCGCACUUAAACAUGUCAAAUGUCCAUCUCAUGCAACGACGGCCUCCACACGAGAACCAACUGUACAUUUCGCACUCGUCUUAUGCCUCUGGAGACGGGAUGAGUGCAGAUAUGAUGCACACGCUGGCUGAUGGAAUGAGCUCGCUCAUGACACUGGCUGCAUCUGCCAAGUCUUUGAAGCCCACUUUCAAGGGUCAUGUUGCGGUGUCGACUCCUCAAAAAGACUACGGGUUUGUCAUGGAAAACGACACUGCCCUCCAUAGCACCGACUCGCCGGAACUGCGGCCACGCGACCGGGCCGGUGAAACUCCCCGUAAAAGAGCCCGCACUCAGCUCUCCGAUGAUAUGGAACAUCACUUGAAGCCGCUUCUGUUGAUCGCUGCUAGGUUUUCUUUUGAUGAUUUGGCUGCGAGACUACGACUGCUCGACUCCAAUGAUCCUGUGUUCGGUCCUUUGAAUAAUUCGAAGGAUAUCCGCAUGGAGAGGCAUCAUCAGCUUUUUGCUCUUGCUUGGCUCACUAAACAAUGCGAGGUUUCUUACACGACGGUGAUCACUAGAACUCGAGUUUAUGCUCGAUAUGUUGACACCUGUGCCAACCAAAAACUUGCCCCUCUCAUGCCUACCAAUUUUGGAAAACUUGUCCGUGUCAUUUUUCCCAACUUGACGAUUCGUAGACUCGGUAUGAGAGGCAAGUCGAAGUACUAUUACGCCGGACUCAAAUUGAAGGGUGAUCCUGAAAAAUCUUCAACACCUCUUUCUCCUUCUUCGGCCAACGGUGUUGACUCGCCGCAAUCAGUGAACGCAAAUACUCCUGGUGAACUCGAAAGUAUAGACACAAGUGCUCAGGCCUUAGCCUCGAUCGAGUUCAAUCAAUUUAAUCAGCACUUUAAAACUAUCGAGUUGAAGUAUAUCCCCAACUUAUUCAGCAUGAUUGACAAUUCGGUCAAUAGUGGGAAUAUGGCGCAACCGUUAGACUUGCCUUCAAUCUACUCAUACUUUCCAGACGACUACGAAGUUGACUACUCCUUGGCUGAGAAUUUGCAGACAUUGUACCGCGCGCACUUGACAUCAACAUUUGAACUGAUCAGAUACAUGCAAGCCGAUAAAUUGUUCGAAAUGUGCUCCACAUUGCUGGUUGAUGUGGGUGAUGCUUCGAAUCUUUUGUCAGAUGAAGUGUUGAGCGACUGGGUCAAAGAUUGUGACACGGUGAUGUAUCGCGCCGCAGUGAAAAUGUUGGCUAGAUUGCAUUUGCAAAACGUGCCUGCCAGUAUCUUUGAUCCACUCAAAAAGUUGGCUCGGGAAUUGCGGUCGCGGUUGGUAGAGACAAUGUCCAAACAUUUCCCACAACAUUUCGUAGAGCUCAAAGUGGACCUAGCUUCACUGUUCCUCGAGAUAUUGUCCAGGCUCUUGCGUUGUAUUGAGUCGGGUAUUCAUAUCUCCAAUAUUCUUUCCAAUCCGAACGAGAAAGUGGUGAUGCUUAAUGACUGGUUAUCUCUAGACAUUCCGGAUAUCAUUAUGCGUGAAUUGCCAUGUGGCAGUACGAACACCGAGUUGCUCAUAGAAAUCUUAGAUACUCGGUUUGUGAAACUUAUGGAGGAGCAUCUGACUACCAAAGGGCCAAUCAUGGCAAAAUACUCCGAGUUUUUGUUUGAUCUUCCAGAGAAGUUUCCGAAGGUCAGUCCCUGGUUGUUUUCGUUACUCGCUUCGAAUGUCCUUACCACUUGCAUCAGAGAGAUGACGCUUGCAGGGUCAAGAAGUUUCAAAUCGUGGUGGAUUUUUCGGUGCUGGGUUGAUGAAUUCAUCAAAUGGAGUAUGGAACUAGGCGGGUAUCUCUAUGACGACUACAAGCCAAAACUCGAGCCAGUAGUAAAGUCCGAGGCGUUUGACGGACCGCUAGGACUCAACCACUCCUAUUCACAGGACCUGGCAACUAAUGACAGUAACUAUGUCGAUUUGUUGGAGCUCAUUGAUAACGGUGGCUUCAACUGGAUAUAA